AUGGUCUCAAACUCCGCAGCCCUGACCCCGGGGCUGUCGUCGUUCCUCAAAUCCCUGAAAACAAACCCUAUCGAAACGUCAAUCGACAACCUAGUCUCCCUACUGAAACGACGACAGAUUCGUUUAUCACGAUCAUGCGCCAUAGCAACUGCCUAUCUUCUCCUCCGAGUCGUGUCUGCGUUCCGCACCACAGAUGCCACAAAAUUGAUCGAACGGGUCCAAAGUGUCGGUAGGCGGUUGAUGGUUGCCCAACCGAGGGAACUCGUGGUAGGAAAUAUUGUACGACGCGUGCUGGGGCUUAUCCGCGACGAGGCGGAAGACGAGAGAGACGCCGAUUUCUUCCUUGCUAGCGAAGCUGGGUCUGACAGCCGGCCACACACGCCUCAUGGUGCGGAAAGCCAUUCCCCGUCGCGUUCGCAUGUGGCGGACGACCUCACAAUCCCAGCACAAGAUAAGGAUCUCUUAUCGAUUCGACAGGAUGGAUCAGAACGAUCAUCGUCUCGCCCUCCUCUCUCAUCCACCACAACAUCAUCACAAGCGCCUGCCGGCAUUUCUAUGUUCAGUCUUCUCCAGCACCCCGAGGCAGAAUCACCCCAACCGAGCUCACCAGGCACUGUUUCGCCGUCAGGCAGAUUCCAGGGGCAUGGCCAACAUAAGGAUAUUCGAGCCGAGGUCUUGGAUGGCAUCGGUGAGAUUAUUGACGAGCUAGGCCAGGUGGAUGAUCAAAUUGCGGGAUACGCUUUGGAGCAUAUUCAUUCCAACGAGGUUAUCCUCACAUACACGUCGUCGACCACUGUUCAAAAGUUCUUGCUGAAGGCUGCAGCAAAACGGAAAUUCACUGUCAUACAUGCCGAGUCAUUUCCCAACAAUCAUGAUGCUACUCACGCCCGAGUUAGCGGGAGCACCGACAGUGACGGCCAAAACUUAAGUCCUGAGAAUUUCACGAAGCCAUUGACUGCAUUAGGAAUUACUGUCAUUCUUAUCCCAGACUCUGCAGUGUUUGCUAUAAUGUCCCGGGUCAACAAAGUCAUUUUGGGCACGCAUUCAGUUCUGGCUAACGGUGGCCUGGUCGCUGCUGCAGGCACGCGGGUGAUUGCUAGGGCAGCCAAAGUUCACCAGACCCCGGUCGUCGUCGUCAGUGGUAUUUACAAGCUCAGUCCUGUUUAUCCAUUUGAUAUCGAUUCACUUAUCGAAUACGGUGAUGUCAGCAAUGUCAUCACUUAUCAGGAUGGUGACUUGGUCGACAAGAUUGACGUAGAGAACCCUCUCUAUGACUAUGUUCCUGCUGAACUAGUGGAUCUGUAUAUCACAAACUUAGGUGGUCAUGCUCCUUCGUAUCUCUACCGUAUCGUCUCGGACCAUUAUCGCAAAGAAGAUAUUACCUUUUAG